AUGCUGCCAGCCGAGAAGCUACGAGAGCUGCGCGUGCUUAUGAGCCGCACGAACGUGCGUCUGCUGCCCCUUCGCCAUCUCCUGGGCAAGACGGAGAAAGGGGCAGCGUCGGAGCUCACAGGUCGGCCAUUGCAAGCUUUCCUAGUCGACACAGCGGACGCGCAUCAGAGCGAAUAUGUUGGAGAUGCGCAUAAGCGACGCGAGUUCCUCACGGGCUUUACGGGCUCCAAUGGUACCGCACUGGUGACACCCGAUCAAGCGUUUAUGUGGACGGAUGGCCGCUAUUUCUUACAGGCGGAACAGGAGCUGAGCGACGACUGGACGCUCAUGAAGAGCGAGGAACCGGGUGUUCCUUCCAUCGAGCAGUGGACUAAAAAGAAUCUGCCUAACGACAGCUGCCUGGCCAUUGACCCGUACUUGACGUCUGUAUUGGCGGCUCGAAACUUCGCCAAAGUGCUUAAAGAGACGAAGAUCGAGCUGGUGGCUCUGCAUGAGACCGAGAACCUCGUGGAUCUCGUUUGGGAGGACCGUCCAGCUGUAGCUCCGUCGCAAGUGACUUUCCUCUCCGACGAGUAUACUGGACGCUCAGUUGCAGACAAGCUUAAGAGUUUGAGAGAAGCAGUGAAGGACAAGGGAGCAGACGCCAUCGUGCUCACGGCUCUGGACGACAUCGCGUGGCUCUUUAACAUCCGUGGCAAUGACGUCGAGUUCAACCCCGUCGUUACGUCAUACGCGGUUGUGACGCCGGAUAAAGCGACUUUGUUCUUGGACGCAGCCAAUCAGGACGAUGUGACGCAGCACUUGCGUCCUAGCGGUGUAGAAUGCAAACCCUACUCGAGUAUGUUGAAGGAGGUAUCGGCAUUAACUGCAUCAAACAAGGAUACAAAGAUUCUGGUGGACCCUGCGCAGUGCAACGUCGCUGUGUUUCUAGCCAUCCCCGCUGCAAACCGUAAGGAAGAUACGUCCGUGGUUAUGGCCCAGAAGGCUAUUAAGAGUGCUGUGGAGAUUGAAGGAAUGCGUCAGGCACACCUGCGUGACGGUGCUGCGCUUGUCAAGUACUUCAGCUGGUUGGAAAAGGAGAUGGACGCUGGCAAUGAGGACCAAUGGGACGAAGUUCUCGUCGCUGACAAGCAGGAACAAUUCCGUAGCCAAGCGAAAGACUACGUGUCACUGAGUUUCGACACCAUCUCGUCGAUCGGCGCUAAUGGAUCCAUCAUCCACUAUUCGCCGAAACGUGGAGAAUGUUCCAAAAUGUCGACGUCUGCCAUGUACCUGAACGACUCUGGAGCUCAGUACUUGGACGGCACGACCGAUGUGACUCGGACGCUGCAUUUCGGACAGCCUACUGCGUAUGAAAAGUCUUGCUUUACUCACGUGCUGAAGGGGCAUAUUGCUCUUGCCAGCACUGUCUUCCCGGACAAGAUGGAAGGCGUCAAACUCGACGCUAUUACGCGUGCACCAUUGUGGAAAGCUGGUCUGGACUACCGUCACGGAACGGGCCAUGGUGUGGGUGCAUUCCUCAACGUACACGAAAAGGGUGUGUUGAUGUCGUUCCGCUUGAACCCGAACGGACUGAAGAUUCAGGACGGCAUGGUCCUCAGUAACGAGCCUGGAUACUAUGAAGACGGCAAGUUUGGCAUCCGUAUUGAAAGCGUGAUGGUUGUCAAGAAGGCUCAUCACAUCAAGAGUCCGCUUAACCGCGAUUUCUGCGAGUUUGAGACGCUCACCAUGGCUCCAAUUCAGCAGAAACUCAUCGACGCGAGUCUUCUCACGCCCGAGGAGAUCAAGUGGCUUAACGCGUACCACAAAGAGGUCCACGACAAGCUGCAGCCUCUGUUGAAGGACGAUCCGGAUACCUACGCGUACCUCGUUCGCGAAACGAAGCCCCUGUCGUUGCCUUAG